UUCUCUUCUCUCUCAUUUCUCGUGUUCGAUAAUGGCGGUUUUGCAGAGGAAAAUGCCUCCGUUUCCGGCGGCGUUAACUAUCACCACCACCAUUGUCGUCGUCGCCGCCGUCUUCUCUUCUCUGUUUUGUAGUGUUUCGUCUUAUGAACGGCCGCUGCCUCGCCGGAAUCUCGUCGUUCCUCGCCGGAAAGAUCUCGAUUCCGAUUCUCCAGAACAGGUACAUAUAUCCCUUGUUGGUGCUGAUAAAAUGAUGAUAACAUGGAUCACUGAGGACUCUGCACCAGCCGUGGUGGAAUAUGGCUCAUCCCCUGGACUUUACACCAACCUUGUAACUGGCUCUACUUCCUCUUACAAAUAUACAUUUUAUAAGUCUGGUUACAUUCAUGCUGCAACCAUCGGUCCUCUCCACCCCGACACUACUUAUUACUAUCGUUGCAGCUCCGACUCUGCCCGCAAUUUCACUUUCAAAACCCCUCCCGCUCAACUCCCUAUCAAAUUUGUUGUCAUUGGUGAUCUUGGGCAGACAGAAUGGACCAAAACAACUCUCGAAAACAUAGCCAAAUCGGACUAUGAUGUGCUGCUGCUUCCUGGCGACUUGUCCUAUGCUGAUGUCAUUCAGCCUUUAUGGGAUUCCUUUGGCAGGCUGGUUGAGCCAUUGGCUAGCCAAAGGCCAUGGAUGGUGACACAAGGCAACCAUGAGAUUGAGCGCAUCCCGGUGAUUCAUUCCCAGCCUUUCACAGCAUACAACGCAAGAUGGCGAAUGCCUUUCGAGCAAAGCUCGUCGACAUCCAAUCUUUACUACUCGUUCGACACAGCCGGUGUGCACGUUAUCAUGUUGGGAUCGUAUACCGAUUUCGAUUCGAAUUCGGCACAAUAUGGAUGGCUUGUCGCCGACUUGAAGAAAAUCGAUCGAUUGAAAACUCCAUGGAUUGUGGUGCUUGUUCAUGCUCCAUGGUAUAACUCCAACACUGCUCACCAGGGUGAGAAAGAGUCCGUUGACAUGAAGGCUGCCAUGGAACAACUGCUCUACGAGGCUCGUGUAGACGUGGUGUUUUCAGGGCACGUUCAUGCUUAUGAACGCUUCACUCGUGUUCAUAAUGGGGAAGCAAACAAUUGUGCUCCUGUAUACAUUACAAUCGGCGACGGGGGCAACCGUGAAGGCCUAUCGAGCAAGUAUAUCGAUCCAAAGCCAGAGAUUUCGAUAUUUAGAGAAGCGAGCUUCGGACAUGGCGAGUUUGAAGUGAUGAAUGCCACGAAUGCAAUUUGGACAUGGCACCGGAACGACGACGAUGUAGCGGUCGUCGGGGAUUCAUUUGUGUUUACGAGCCUCUCUUCUAUCCCUGCAUGUAAAAUAUGAAUGAUUCUAAAUCCUCUCAUUUAAGUAAUUAUAUGUAGAAAGGAUGGAAGAAAUUAC